GUGCAAGUGGAAAAGGUCGAGAUGGAGCAGUCCUCUUCGGCAGCAUCCCCCUCUCGUCAUCGCAGGUGCAGAUCCUCGAAGGCGACCCCAUCCUCGACGGGCUGGACCAGCUCGCUUCGCAGGAGCACGCUACGCCUGCUGCUACUGCCGAUGGUGACGCACCUGGUGCUCCACCUGACGUUCAGCUUCUCCAGCAGGACCUCAAGAAGACCAAGUCGGUGCUCCUCGGAGGAAUGGCCUCGAUCAACCGAGCCAUGGCCGCCCUGCAGGAGUCCAUCACCAACAGCUUCGACUCCCUCUCGGAGUCCGUGGAGACACGCCUGGCGAGGCAGGAGGCGUCCACUGCGACACUCCACAAACGCGUCGACCUCAUGUCCAAGGAGAUCGCCGAGCUCAAGGAGGCGCUCGGCAUCAUGCAGAAGACGGAUACGGUGGCACCUGCAGUCGGCAGCUCGUUCGAGCGGAAGACCGACCCGUGCAUUUUGGUGGUCCGCGCAUCCGCGCUUGUCACCAAGCUGGCAGCGACCGCUGCCAUCACCCCGCUCAUGGAGCUCAACAACUUCGAGGAUGGCUCAUGGAAGCUGGAGGGGGACGAGGCCGCCAAGCGCUUCGUGGUCCGUGUCCGUGGCGCCCCUGGCUGGGCUUCGCGGCGCAUUGGCCAAGUUCUCGGCAGCAUGCGCAACGGCGACGGCUCCUUCAAGCGAUAUCGUGCUGCUACGGCCACCGGGGAGAAUGCCGAGCUGUACUUCUCAGAGGACAAGAACUUGUUCCAGGUCCGCCGCGAGCUCAUCACGAAGCAGAUUCGGAAGUGCAUGUCGGAAUGCAAGCCGACGAUCAAGUUCUUCGCCGACAAGAGCGCUGGCAUCGUCAGCGCGAGCUGGAAGCCCCUGCUGCGCGUCACCCCCAGGUCGGAGGCUGCGCCGCUGGUGGAGUUCGAGGAGGCCAACCUCAAUGCCAUCGACCUCUCGCGCGGCGAGCUCGAGCCCAGGAUCGCCCGCAUUUUGCAGCUCCUCAAGGCUGUCCAGGACCCCGAGCACUACCUCGUCGUGUGCUCAGGUGAUUUCAACAUCUCUCGCGGGCCGCCGCUGCCGAGCGUCCCGUCCGCGAGCUGCGUGGCGGACCCGUCGCUGCCCGAGUGGGGCCGCCUUCAGCGCUCGCCGUGGCAGCAGGUCUUUCGGCAGAUGGUAGAGCUAGAUCCCGAGGAGCACACGCACUACAACGGAGCUAGGGAGCACACAUCAGCGAUAGACCGCAUCUUCAUUUCCUGGCCAGGCUGGAUCCUCACAUCUAUCCACGCCGUCGCGGAGGUUCGAGAGCUCCCCGAGACCCUCGAGCAGAAGAAAAUCUCCGACCACUCCCCUGUGCUGGACUUCCUCGCCUCCUCCCCGCAGACGGGCCGCCUGUUCCUCAGGGACCCCGCGGCCUUUGCACGCCGGCUCGACGAGCUGCAAUUCGAGGACGCCGAGGAGCAGUUGCAGUCGCUCCGACGCGAGAUGGGAGCGGCAGAGCAGGCCGAGGCUCCCUUUGCUGCACGUGCCAAGCUCCGCAAGCGAGCUCGGCGUCUCGCCCACCGUGCCAGAGUGUGGGCGCCAUUCGACAGGAUGAUGCCGCUCGUCGGGGUUAGGGCGGAAAAUGGUGAGGUCGUCACGUCCAGAGAGCACAUGAAUGAUGAGAUCCGCGCACACUGGGGUCCCAUCUUCCAGUCCAAGACCAUAGACUCCAGGGCCGCAGAGGUUUACCUUGAGAAAUACUGCCCCAAGAUCGACGUCUCGAGCAUUGCCCCCCCCACCCUGAAGCAGGUCAACUCGUUCAUCAAUCGUCUCGCUCAUUCUGGUCCUGGCCCUGAUGGGCUACCGUAUGGCGCUUACAAGUACUCCUCGUUCUCGGCCCCGAUCCUCCUCGAGGCGAUGUGGUGGCAACUCAACGGGUUCUCUAUGGGCUCCUCCUGGAACAACAUGCUGGGCAUCUUCAUCCCCAAAGGAUCUGAGGAUUCUGAUUCCCCUCACGGGUGCACCAGGGCCCCCGCUAACCUUCGCCCCCUGGGCCUCAAGAACACUGACUGCAAGAUCGUCACGGGUGUGGUCACUAAAUGCCUCUCCAGAGAGCUCCCGAGGUCCACGCACGCAUCCCAGAGAGGGUUCGUCCCGACCCGCAACUUUGCGAACAAUAUUGUGGAGCUCGACGUUCACUCACGAGUGUUCUCUAUGCAAGAUAAUGUGUCUGUAGCCAUGCCAUCUCUGGUCAGUUACGAUUUUUCUCAGGCCUUCCCAAGUCUGGCGCAUCAAUGGCUGUUCUUGGUGUUGAAGCACGCUGGCAUGCCGCCCGCGCUGCUGCAAUUCUUCCGCCUGCUGUACACCCACGUCCUUUGCAUCUGCGGCGACAUGUACAUGACGUCGCUCAUGUUGAUCAUCGGCAGCGGGAUCGUGCAGGGCUGCCCUGGCUCGGGCUUCCUGUUCUCGCUGGCGGCGGACCCCUUCCUCAGGGACUUCGCGGCGUCCGUGGAGGACCGUGGCCUCGGCGUGGUGCGUGCAUGCGCUGAUGACGUGGGCGCGGCGCUGAAGCAGAUCAGGGCGCUGAAGACGAUGAGGCGCGUAUAUCGUGCUGCUGAGCGUGUGGCCGCGCUUGUGCUGAAAGUGGCCAAAUGUCACAUCGUCCCGUUGGCAGCGGAGUUCUCGCCCGAGUUGGCCGACCGUUAUCGAGCCUGGCUGCGGGAGCACCUACCUGAGUGGCAGGACUUCGCCAUCACCCCAGUGCUGAAGUAUCUCGGGCUCUGGCUCGGACCCCAGGCGAAGUUAGACUGCUGGAUCGAGCCGCUGAAGAAGUGGCGGACGCGCGGGCACCUCCUGUCGAUCAGCGCAUCCCCACACCGCAUCAUGUCCUUCAACUACCACUCCC